CGUCAUGGAUCUCAAAAAAUGCUGCAACCACCCCUACCUCUUCCCCGGUGCUGCUAUGGAAGCGCCAAAGAUGCCCAACGUGAUGUACAACAGAAACACCCUCACAAAGGCUUCUGGGAAACUGCUGUUCCUGCAGAAGAUGAUGAGGAAGCUGGAGGAGGGAGGACACCGAGUUCUUGUUUUCUCUCAGACGGCCAAGAUGUUGGAUCUUCUGAAGGAUUUCCUGGAACACGAAGGGUACAAAUAUGAGCGGAUUGAUGGAGGGGUCACAGGAGGGAUGAGACAGGAAGCUAUCGAUCGGUUCAACACUCCUGGAGCUCAGCAGUUUGCCUUCCAGCUGUCAACGAGAGCCGGAGGUUUGGGCAUCAACCUGGGCCACGGCCGACACCGUCAUCAUCUACGACUCCGACUAGAAUCCUCACAACGACAUCCAGGCCUUCAGCAGAGCUAACCGUAUCGGUCAGAACGAAAAGGUGAUGAUCUACCGAUUUGUCACCAAGGCGUCAGUGGAGGAGAGGAUCACGCAGGUCACCAAGAAGAAGAGGAUGCUGACUCACCUGGUGGUCCAACCUGGUCUCAGAUCCAAAACCGGCUCCAUGUCCAAACAGGAGCUGGACGACAUUCUCAAGUUUGGGAUGGAAGUGCUCUUCAAGGACGAGGGAGAAGGUGAGACAAAGGAGGACAGCAGCAUCAUCCACUACAAUGACUAAGCCAUCGAUCGGCUGCUGGACAGGAAUCAGGAUGCCACGGACAACACGGAGCUGCAGAGCAUGAACGAGUACCUGAGCUCCUUCAAAGUGGCUCAGUACGUGGUGAAGGACAUGCCUGAUUCAAUAAAGAUGAAAUGAAAUGAAAAGAAUGAGUGUAAACUGAGCGGGAAGGUGACGACCACAGGACAGGACUUUAGAGAUGCUCCAUUCAAAUGUUGGAUUGUUCCUUUCUCAGUGUAGAACAAUGUGUGUGAGAACCAUGUCAUGUCCAUGUUUACAUGCUGAAAGAGACUGAUGCCUGACC